AUGCCAACCAUGCGUGGAAUCUUGCAAGAAAUUGGAUUUUACAACUUGGUGAAUUCACACAAGGAUGUGUAUGUUAUCAUUCUUCUUAGAAUGCUCCGGCUCGUUGGAUUCGGAGCAACUUCGCUUAUCAUUGCGUUGUAUCUUCGCGAACUUUCGUUUGAUGAUGAAUACAUUGGACUCUUUAUGACGCUCACAUUCAUUGGAGAUUUGGUCAGCAGCUUUUUGUUGGCGUUAGUUGCCGACCAAAUUGGACGACGCAACGUGCUUGUGAUUAGUUCGGUUGCUAUGGUUCUUACUGGAGUGGUUUUUUCAAUUAUUGAGAAUCGGAUCGUUUUAACUGUGGCCGCAGUGAUAGGAAUAUUGACUCCUAGUGGUGGUGAAGUUGGACCAUUUCGCUCAAUUGAGCAAAGCAGCAUUGCCUCGUUGGUUCCGGCCGAACAUAGGUCUGAUAUUUAUUCUUGGUAUACUUUUUUGGGAGCUUUUUGUGCUGCUUUGGGUUCAGUUUUGUGUGGAAAACUUGUCGAUUGGGCACAACUGUCUUUGGAUUACAGUUUGCUUGAUAGUUAUAAGCUUGCUUUUGGAGGUUAUACCGUUCUCGCGGUGAUUCUGGUGAUUCUUUCAUGUACGAUUUCAAGUGGAAUCGAAGUUGGAAUCGAAGUUCCAACUACUGGAGUUGCUACAGAAAGUGGUGAAGAAUCUCCAGACGCAGCCGGAGAACUCGCAAGACUCUUACCGGAAAGUGCCCAGCCAAAAAAGAAAAGCUUCACAAUUUCAAAUCUCUUCCCCAAACUUCUGCGAUCCAUAGUGGAUAUUGUCGUCAAGUUGUCGCUUCUUUUUGCUCUAGACUCGUUUGCCUCUUCGUUGGUAUCCAUGUCUUGGCAAUCGUAUUAUAUCAAGCAAAAAUUCCACAUUUCUGCUUCAGUAUUAGGAUCGGUAUUUUUCGCAACCGGUAUAGUGAGUGCAUUCACUUCACUACUUUCAACUUCUUUGACAAAGAGAUUAGGACCCGUGGUUACCAUGGUGGCCACACACCUUCCAGCAUCCAUUUUAUUGGCAUUGGUACCAUUACCGUCAUCUCUUUAUGUUACUAUGGCAAUUUUGGUGAUUCGAGCAUCGACUCAAUCCAUGGAUGUUGCACCAAAACAUGUCUUUUUGGCAACUUUGGUGCCCGAUUCUCAAAGAACAGCAGUGUUUGGAUGGGUAAAUGUGGUAAAGACGUUGGCUCAGGUUAUUGGUCCGUCGGUGGUGGGAGUCCUUAGUCAACAUGGAGUCCUCUGGGUGUCUUUUAUAAUUGCCGGAAGCUUGAAAGCUACCUAUGAUUUGGGGAUUCUUGGCACGUUUUUGGCGUACAACAGGCACCAUCAGCAUUGA